AUGGCUGCAUGGGUGGGCACGCUAUGUGACGUCGACGACUUGAUAGAGGCUAUGUCUCCCAGUGAUGCUGCGUCGGCCAUAUCUGGGUCACUUGCAAUUCUCCAAGAUGAAGUCGGUAAUAGCAUGGAAGCGAGUGGUAUUUCGAGCAUAAAGAAGGUCAUAAACGCUAUGCAGAUGUUCCGAGACCAUUGCAGAAGGUACCUGAGUAAACCUGAAGCUAAGGAUUUCUUUGAUGAGGUUUGUACCGCUUUUGAGGGCUUCUCGUUCGAGCUGGAGCUCCGUCAGAAGGCCUUGGCCUCUAGCCUUGAGACAUACAUCGAUAUCCGCACCCGGACGAUUGGUGUGGCUCCAUUCUUUAACCUGAUAAAAAGUGAAUACUCGCCGGGAUAUCAUGUGGACGAUUCGCUGGAAAUGCAACGGGACGUCUACACUGUGGUUGGACUGCAGAAUGACUUAAUUGGAUUGGAAAAGGAUAUUGAAACCGGGGGAGCCCCGUUAUAUACGCCAUGCAAAGCACCCGACAGAAAGAGGGCCAAGAUGUUGAGAUAG